UCAACUGUAGACUUCGGUCCUCGUCCUCGCCACCGUCGCCGCGGGUCACUUAGUAGGGGACCAGGUCACAACUGUUGAUCUUUGUCCGGAAAAGUAAGCGUGGACUCUGCCAAGUUCGGCGUUAGCGAGUGCCUCACCUGGCUAGAGCUGGAGAACGCUUUCAGUCGCGGCCACCCGCGUGGAGCGGGACGGGAUCCCAGGGACAGGAGCCCCCUCGGAGGGGGCAGCCCCGGGAGAACCUGCUGCGUCCGGAGCGGCCAGUGUACUGUGCCUCGCGGGGCCUCGGUCCAGCCGGGAUUGACGGGUAAAACUAAGUGAUUAGAGAAGUAUAUCUGGGAUUCAUCUAAGAUGUCUCGGAGAAGAUUUGAUUGUAGAAGUAUUUCAGGCUUGCUAACUACAACUCCUCAAACUCCAAUGAAAAUGGAAAACUUUAAUAAUUUCUAUACACUUACACCUAAAGAGCUUGGAAGAGGAAAAUUCGCUGUUGUAAGACAAUGUAUAUCAAAAUCUACUGGCCAAGAAUAUGCUGCAAAAUUUCUAAAAAAGAGAAGACGAGGACAGGACUGUCGAGCAGAGAUUCUGCAUGAGAUUGCUGUUCUUGAAUUGGCAAAGUCCUGUCCCCGUGUAAUUAAUCUUCAUGAGGUCUAUGAGAAUUCAAGUGAAAUCAUUUUGAUAUUAGAAUAUGCUGCAGGUGGAGAAAUUUUCAACCUGUGUUUACCUGAGCUGGCAGAAAUGGUCUCUGAAAAUGAUGUUAUCAGACUCAUUAAACAAAUACUUGAAGGAGUUUAUUAUCUACACCAGAAUAACAUUGUACACCUUGAUUUAAAGCCACAGAAUAUAUUAUUGAGCAGCAUAUACCCUCUUGGAGAUAUCAAAAUUGUAGAUUUUGGAAUGUCUAGAAAAAUCGGGAAUGCUUGUGAACUUCGGGAGAUCAUGGGAACGCCAGAAUACUUAGCACCAGAAAUCCUGAACUAUGAUCCAAUUACCACAGCAACAGAUAUGUGGAAUAUUGGAAUAAUAGCAUACAUGUUGUUAACUCAUACAUCACCAUUUGUGGGAGAAGAUAAUCAGGAAACAUAUCUUAAUAUUUCUCAAGUUAAUGUAGAUUAUUCAGAAGAAACUUUUUCAUCAGUUUCACAACUGGCCACAGACUUUAUCCAGUGUCUUCUAGUAAAAAAUCCAGAGAAAAGACCAACAGCAGAAUCCUGCCUUUCUCAUUCUUGGCUACAGCAGUGGGACUUUGGAAGCUUGUUUCACCCUGAAGAAACUUCCAGCUCCUCUCAAAUUCAGGAUCAUCCAGUAAGGUCCUCUGAAGAUAAAACUUCUAAAUCCUCUUGUAAUGGAACCUGUGGUGAUCGGGAAGAUAAAGAGAAUAUUCCAGAGGAUAGCAGCAUGGUUUCCAAAAGAUUUCGUUUUGAUGACUCUUUGCCCAAUCCCCAUGAACUUGUUCCAGAUUUACUCUGUUAGCACUUUCCUCUUUGACUCAUUUGAAUUGACUUUGAAAUUUAUGAAAUCUACUCCAUUGUGAGAUUGUGCUUUGUAGCUUCAUAGAUGACUGUUUAUAUUGUAAAUGCCUUUUUGCAUAGUAGAGUUUUAGAGAAGUGUUUUAAAGUUCUGGUUGCUAGCAAAAUAUCAUCUCCUCCACUGAGAUAGCUCCGCAGAGGAAAUAUUUAAAUACAUGACAAAAAUAAAUUUUACAUGUGAGUUCACAUGUUAAUAAAAAAUUCAAGUUCACGUGAACUUAUAAAAAUGUUUUAUGUAUCAAGAAAAAAGUUUAUGCUAUAUUAUGGUUGCUGUAAACUGAACAAAAUGAAGACUUUGGCAUUUAAUAGGUUCUCUUAAGAUGAGUUCUGUACCAUGACUGUUGACAUAAUUUCUUUAGUAAAACAGUGUAAAAUUUAAGCCAAAAUAUAUACUACUUUGUAGAUGCUUCAGAGAUAUUUUACAAGAAAAUAUUUUUCAAUUAUAAAUAUUUCAAAACUGUAUUUCAAAACAAUUUCCAUUAUAUAUGAUCUACUAUGUGAAAGAGGUUCUUUAACUAGAACAAAAUGGAGUUAAAAGACUGAUGUUCUCUGCAAGUCAGAGCAAUGAGUAACAUGGCUUUAUUUUUAAACUCACAUGUCUUUUGCAUACUCCAAACAUACUUCAGAUCUAAUAAGGUCUGGAAGAUGGAGGAUGCAUGGUAUGCAAGUGGUUCUUCAUGCUCUAGAAUACAAGAGACUUGGUAAAAUUGAACAUACUCUAUUUUUAAUCCAAUGUAUUCAUUAAUUAAGUGUGGAAGAAAAUAUUGGCAGACCCAGACUGCUUACUGAAUUUUUUUAUGUCUCCUAAAUACAAGUCCAUCAUUCAGUGCUCUAAAAGUAUAUAUAAAAAAUAGCACAGCAUCAACAGAACUAUUAGCACAAUGCCAAGGGUCAGCAGUAGCAAGGUGAUGUGAUCAUAAACAUGAGGACAUCAAAUGCUCCUAAAGUUCUUGUGUGAAAUUCCUAGUGAUUAAGGAGGCUUUUGGAGGAGGCCUAAGACCACCAACACAGUGGCCUAUAAUUGUGAUAUUUUGCUGGGAGCAAUGUGGGUAAGUCUAGGGAGAGCCGAAUGUUUGGUCAGUGAUCACAAACUAUGUUCAAUCCUAAUAGUGGAGUACAAUUUUCUCAUUUUAGAGGAUUCUUUGAUGAGUUUUUCUAUCUGGUGAUCAUUAAAAAGUCUGUUAUAGCAUCUUUUUAAAAUAACUGAUUUCAUUGCCAUGUUACUAUCAAAUUCUAUGUUGACAAUACAAAACAACCUCAUAUUUCCCCAUUGAGUCAGAUAUUACUCUAAUGACUUAAAUUUCUGAAAUUUUUAUAAAAUUCCAAAUUCUUUAGAUGACUUUAAACUAUUUUUUAAUGACCAUCAGCUUAUUUUAUUUGACUAAUUGGUGAAUUCCUUUAAUAUCCACAGCAUUUUAAAAGGUAAAGUUCUCUCUACUUUGUUGUGUGUAUGUAUGUAUAUACAUAUGUGUAUAUGUAUAGAUAUGUGUAUAUAUGUAUAGAUAAAAUUUAGUCUUUAAGCAACUUUUCUUAGCCAUUCUUUGCUCUGAUAUAUUGUGUGCAACUCAGGUGCUACAAGAGCUCUCUUUUUAUGAAUUAAUCAAUACACAUAAAUUCUUUAAGAAGUAGUUUGUUGGUUCAAUAAACUAGAUACUGCAGAUUCUAAAUUGAGCUUUUAUAUAUCUAAAACAUAUAUGAAUUGUUUCUAAAUUGUUGAGUGUCUUUUUUUUUUUUGGCCUUCAGUAUUAAGGUAAUGUAAGUAAAGUUUAGUAAGUCAUUGAGAAUGAGGGAUGAUUACUUUUCCAAAACACUGUAUUAUAUUUUUAAAAUUUUAGAGUAAUUAUGCUAUACCAAAAAAAGAGGAAGAAAUGUUGAGUUUUGAAUUAUAAGCUACUUCUUUAAAAAUCAUUUUAUACAGGCUUUCUUUUUCUCUGAGGAAUCUUAAAAUAGUUUUACAUGUUUCCCCUUAGAUAAUAGAAUAUUCAGUUAUACAUUUCCAUAACUUUCUUGUAACAUUGUUUUAUUGUAAAAAAGCAACUGCUUGUUGCACAAAGAAUAUAAAAACAAUCUUUUGAUGGAGAUAAUUUAAAUAUUUUCACUGAUUGAAAGGUGAAAAUCAAUCUUUCAAGAGAAUUUAUUAGCAAAUGACUGAGUUCUUAUUCUUUUUCUUCCAAGAUUUUUUUAAAACGUCUAUAUAAAGCAAAUGAUGUAUUUUCCUGAAGUAGGAAUCUAGAGAGCCCCUCCAAAUGAAUAGGUGUCAGUGACAUUUAAACACAUCUGAAGAAAACUGUUAAAUUGUGAUGAUUUUAUAAAAUUAUUUGCUUUUUGAAUAGGAUCCCUGGAUAGAUGGGAUUUUAAAAUAAAUGGUGUGUAGAUGACAAUUACAAUUGUCAUUUUAAUCAUUUUUCUACUGUAAGUUAACCUAACUGAGCAGUGAAAUUAUAAUGACACUUUAAACAAAGGAAGGUAGUACCUGUUUUCCAAUCUGUAGUAAUAUUAAUGUGCCAGAACAUAAAAUAACUUUUUUUCUAUUAUGAAAAAAACUGAACCAGUGUGACUAGUGAUGCAGUUGAUUUUCAUUCUGGCACAAACUCUUUCUUUCAUUUUGGAUGGGUGACAAAUAGUUCAAGGCCAUACUUUGAAUAGUCUUGCUCUAAGUAGCAUUUAUAAGUUGAUAUUUUAUAACCGUUUACAUUUCUUCUGUUUAUUUUUGUUUUUGUGGUACUGGGGAAUGAACCCACAGCCUUGCAGGCUAGGUAAGCAUACCACUUAUUUUUAAAUUUUCAGUUUGAUAACUGAUUUGAAAUUGUGUCCUUAUUGUUGUGUAAACAAUUAUACUUAAAUUUUAAGUUGUAUUAAAAUUAUCUGACUUCUAAUUGGGGGAAUUAUUAUCAAUUUAUAAUUUUACAAAAGUAUUUUAAAGACCAGUGAUUGUAAAUUUCACACAAAUUGUAAUUGCCCUGCCAUCUUCACUUCCAUUAAAUCAUCAUGUUACUUAAAGCAUAUAAACACACAUUAUGAAUAUUGAAGCAAGAAAAGUCACAGAACUGUUUGUUGUCAACUUAUUGAUUCUUCUGGUUAAAAAUUAAAAAGCACUUUUUGUUUUUUUUACAUUUGUGAUUAUCCUUUGUUUAAAAGCAUUUUUAAAUUUGCUAUUACUAAAAGUUUGCCUGAAUGUGCAAGUCUUUGACCCAGGCCGUCUUUGACUUGUUUAAUACAGCUAUGUUUAUUAUUAAGUUCUGUCCAUUGGAAAGACUACAUAAAUUUGAAGAUAAGCAGGCCUAUUCUCUGGUAAUAAUAAAUACUUUUUUAAAAUGUGAAGGAAUGGCAAUGUACAUUUUGCACAAAAGAUGAAUAAAGGUUUUUUUGAGAUUUUUUA